UUACGGAAGUGUUGCCUCGUCGUGAACUAAAGUCAGUCAUUUCUGUUGUGUCAUAUAACGUUAAUACAAAGAUUGGUUAAUUAUUUAAACUACGCGGGUGUCAAUAAUCGCCGGGGUUAUAAUUCAGUUGUCUUAAAUAAACGUUUAGUAGCCGGUUAGCUAGUAAACUGUAGCGGUAACAGUUGGUACCUAACCGUUAGCUGACAUAGCUAGCAUUGAAAUCCUAAAGCAGCCAACAACCCUGGCUUUCAGUUCCUCUCCUAUCGACAUGGUAGCCUCGUUGUCAGCGCGAACGUGUUUGGAGGUCCUGUGAAGUCUGUGUAGUCGGUCUAUCAUCAACAUAUUCGUGGUUAAUUCGCUGCACUUUCUGGAAACGUUGACGGAAGCUAAGUGCUAGCUUGCUAGCCCGACGUUAGCACCAUGGGAGCUGAGCAGAGCGGAGAAGCGGAGCACAAACACUCCGAUUACAGCUCAUCAGAAAUGUUGUCGUUGCAGUGGUGCCAUCUCCAGCUAAGCAGAAGGCAAAGAUGGAUGAUAUUGUGGUUGUGGCCCAGGGGACCCAGUCUAUGCGGAAUAUCCACAAUGACCCAGAUGUCAUAAAGCUUCAAGAAAUACCCACCUUCCAGCCACUUUUGAAAGGAGUGCUGAGUGGCCAGACGUCACCCAGCAGUGUGUGUCUGGAAAGGCUGGAUGCUGCUCAGGUUCUGCAGCUCUGCAUCCGCUACCAGGACCACCUACACCAGUGUGCUGAGGCCGUGGCCUUCGACCAGAACGCCCUGGUCAAGAGGAUCAAAGAGAUGGACUUGUCAGUGGAAACCUUGUUCAGCAUAAUGCAGGAGCGCCAGAAGCGCUACGCAAAGUAUGCAGAGCAGAUCCAGAAGGUCAACGAGAUGUCCAUGAUCCUGAGACGCAUCCAGAUGGGAAUCGACCAGACGGUGCCGCUGAUGGAGCGCCUUAACAACAUGCUGCCUGAAAGCGAGCGCCUGGAGCCCUUCAGCAUGAGGCCUGAUGGGGAUUCUGCUACAAAGUAGCCUCCUGAAAACCAACUCAGCUGCCUCCCACCCUAUUCUCCGUCCAGUCGUCUGUCCUGAAAGAAGUGCAGGUCUGUCCAGCUGUAGGAAUACUAAGUCUUUACAAGAGUAGACAAAGUCUAAAUGCAUUAAAAUGUUUUGUUUUCAUAAUAGAGGAGGAGCUCAGGUAUAAAUGUGUGAGACUGCUCUAGUCAGCUCUCUAGGCCAUGAUCAGUUCUUUUUAUUAUGCCAUAUAAUGCAGGGUAUGUCGCUGAACACACCUGCUCUUAAUAAGCAACAUCCUACUUACUAUAACACUUCUAAACCACAAACACACAUUACCACCUCAGUAAAGCCACACCCCUCUGCUUCUGGCUGCUGAGCACCUCUACUGGAGCAGGUGUGAACUUACAAAGUGCUGUGUUCAAGUGUUCAUCAACUAUAGAAGUGGAGGCGCUGGAGAUUAUUAUUUAUCCCUUCCCUGCAGGGAAUAAAAUUAGCAAGUUUUCCAGGCACAGGCUUUUUUUUUUUUGCUAAUCUAAAGGCAGGGGUGGAACACAUAUGAAAGUGACAGAAUGAACUCCAUAUGCCCUGAAAACUUGUCCUGCAGAUGUGUUGCAGGUUUUAGAGACUCAAAUGUGCGUGAGCAACAUAAGAAUAUCUCAAAGUGUUUCGUGCUGCUCUCGAGAUUUAUGUACUCCUGUCAAAACAUCAGAGCCACUUGAGAACUUGCAGUGGAUUGGUUUUGGAUCGUGCUCUUCACAUAACAAAUAUUUCUUGUUUGUGAUCCUAAUAUUCAUCUGACUCCCACGCCAUAUCCCUUGUUUACUGUUUGAAGAUCCCUUCCAAGAACUGCUUGUAUGCAGAUUGACUGCUUUUAAUUUUCUGAACUAUAUUGGUUUAUCAUUUUGGGAUGUUGUGACGAAGAGACUCACGGAGAGUAUGAAGAAGGAUUAUUGCCGUUGGAUUACACACAGAUCAUGGAUGUUCUCUACAUUGGAAGUAAAAUGAGAAACCUCUUCUUGGACAAUAUUCUUAAUGUUUCAUGAACAUAUGAACUUCAACUUUGUCUGGGAGGAACUUGACUUUAAUUUAUUUGGAUACUUUUGCUUGAGCAGUUGUGUAAAGCCUUUUUGCAUGCAAAACCGUGAAGAAAGGUUAAAGGGACUAAACAGACACUGCGAUGCUUCAGUUCAGUACAGAAAAUUGAUAAAGGUAUAAACAUAACAUUUUAUGACAAUACCCCACUUAUCACACAUCUCCGUUCAACCACGCUUUUGAUCAUUGUACCAAAUCUCAGCAUUAACUUUGUAUAUUUGUUAGCUUUUCACAGUAAUAGCCAAACAUCACACAUACCAAAGAUUCACAAGUCCUCAAAGCUGUCAAAUUAUAAGUGGCACUUUAGAAACAGUGAUAUUUUGGUUCUUUUUGAGGACAGCGAUCAAGUUAACUUCACUAUUUCAUCUGUUGAGUAUUUGUUUAUGUAUCAUAAAGUCAUGCUCUUUAAGCUUAAAAAUACCAACAUAUUUCUCUCUCACCCUGACUGGUCUCUAUUCAUGCAGAUAGGUUUGGUUUUAUUGGCCACAGUGUAGAAAUAUCUUCUGCUGCCACCACAUUACAAUGGAUAUAAGUGGAAUUUGAUUUCUGGUGCUCACAGCAUAAAAAAACAACAGCAGCAUCUUUCUAGAAAGAAAUGUCCCUGUUACUUGGGAUAAUCCACAAAACACACUGUUAAUAUAUGUAGACCAUGUAGAAAUGUAACCGGGACACUGUUUCAAAGGCACACGACUGAAUUGUUAAGUACAGCUUUUUGAUGCCAAGGGCACCACAAACAAAAUUGAAUUUACCAACUUUGUAUUUGGUGGAAGCAGAAAUCUCAAAGGCAGAUGUUUUAGAAAAUAAAAUCAAAGCUGCUAAAGAUAAAUUAAAGAAUGUUUGUUUUUUUUUCUUAUUAUGGUGAGCCAACCCUUUAACUACUUAAUCACUGGUCAGUUUUCAUUGUGGCAAUAAAAAAACAAGACACUAAAACUGG